AUGGGCAGAAUCAGCGCGCGCUUAUCUGCUCGGAUUGUCGGUUUCCCACCGAGACUACUCCUGCUGCUGCUGCUGCUGCUGCUCGCGCUCUUCACAGGCUGCAGUCACGCCAUGCCGCACGUCCUGAGAUUCGGAGGGAUUUUUGAGUCUAUUGAGAGUGGUCCUUCUGGUGCUGAGGAACUGGCCUUCAAAUUUGCACUGAACACCAUCAACAGGAACCGGACGCUGCUGCCCAACACCACGCUCACCUACGACAUCCAGAGGAUCAAUGUCUUUGACAGCUUUGAGGCCUCAAGGAAAGCUUGUGAGCAGCUUUCUUUAGGUGUGGCAGCCAUAUUUGGGCCAUCACACAGUUCCUCAGCCAAUGCAGUGCAGUCCAUCUCCAAUGCACUAGGAGUGCCACAUAUCCAGACCAGAUGGAAACACCAAGUGUCAGAUAAUCGCGACUCAUUCUACGUUAGUCUCUAUCCUGACUUCUCCUCUCUCAGCCGUGCCAUCCUGGAGCUCGUUUACUUCUUCAGGUGGGAGACAGUUACAGUGGUGUACGACGACAGCACGGGUUUGAUUCGUCUGCAGGAGCUGAUCAAAGCUCCCUCUAGAUACAACAUCCGUCUGAAAAUCCGCCAGCUCCCCGCAGAGACUAAGGAUGCCAAACCACUUCUUAAAGAGAUGAAAAAAGCAAAAGAGUUUCACGUCAUCUUUGACUGUGGCCAUGAGAUGGCUGCGUGGAUACUCAAGCAGGCUCUCUCUAUGGGGAUGAUGACAGAGUAUUAUCACUACAUCUUCACAACACUGGAUUUGUUUGCAUUAGACAUGGAGCCAUACCGCUACAGCGGUGUGAACAUGACCGGGUUUCGGAUCCUAAACACGGAGAGUGCUCAGGUGUCCUCAAUCAUAGAAAAGUGGUCUAUGGAGAGACUACAGGCCCCUCCGAAACCUGACUCAGGACUACUGGAUGGAUUCAUGACGACAGAUGCAGCGCUGAUGUAUGAUGCAGUGCAUGUUGUAGCAGUAGCCGUGCAGCAGGCACAGCAGAUCACUGUGAGCUCUCUACAGUGCAACCGACACAAGCCCUGGCGCCUCGGAGGGAGGUUCAUGAGUCUCAUUAAAGAGGCUUCGUGGGAUGGUCUGACAGGGCGAGUUAUCUUCAACAAAACCAAUGGCUUGAGAACGGACUUUGAUCUAGAUGUGAUCAGUCUGAAGGAAGAAGGACUGGAAAAGAUUGGCACAUGGGAACCUCUGAGUGGCUUAAACAUGACAGAGCAUCACAAGAGUAAAGCGUCCAAUGUUACAAACUCCUUGUCUAACAAAUCACUAAAGGUCGCCACUAUUCUGGAAGAGCCCUAUGUGAUGUUUAAGAAGUCAGAUAAACCUCUCUGUGGUAAUGAUCGCUUCGAGGGCUAUUGUGUGGACUUGCUGCGUGAGCUCGCCGCUAUUCUGGGAUUCCAUUACGAGAUCCAAUUGGUGGAGGAUGGGAAGUAUGGAGCAGUAGAGGAGAGCACAGGCCAGUGGAACGGCAUGGUGCGAGAACUUAUAGACCAUAAAGCAGAUCUGGCGGUGGCUCCCUUGGCCAUAACAUAUGUGAGGGAGAAGGUGAUCGAUUUUUCGAAGCCCUUCAUGACUCUUGGGAUCAGCAUCCUGUACCGCAAACCCAAUGGCACAAACCCUGGCGUCUUCUCCUUCCUCAAUCCCCUUUCCCCUGAUAUCUGGAUGUAUAUUCUGCUGGCUUACUUAGGUGUCAGUUGUGUGCUGUUUGUCAUAGCCAGGUUCAGCCCAUAUGAGUGGUAUAAUCCUCAUCCCUGUAACCCUGAUUCGGACAUGGUGGAGAAUAACUUCACUCUGCUAAAUAGUUUCUGGUUUGGAGUUGGGGCUCUCAUGCAACAAGGGUCUGAGCUGAUGCCCAAGGCUCUGUCUACCAGAAUAGUUGGAGGAAUCUGGUGGUUCUUCACCUUGAUUAUCAUUUCAUCAUACACAGCAAACCUAGCUGCGUUCCUCACUGUGGAGAGAAUGGAGUCUCCCAUUGACUCAGCUGAUGACCUGGCCAAGCAAACGAAGAUCCCCUAUGGUGUAGUUGAAGAUGGUGCUACCAUGACAUUCUUCAAGAAGACAAAGAUCUCUACUUACGAUAAGAUGUGGGAGUUCAUGAACAGCAGGAGGCAAUCUGUGAUGGUAAAGAGUGUAGAAGAGGGCAUCCAGCGAGUGCUGACUUCUGACUAUGCAUUCCUCAUGGAGUCCACCACAAUUGAGUUUGUCACUCAGCGCAACUGCAACCUCACACAGGUUGGAGGCCUCAUUGAUUCCAAGUCCUAUGGAGUGGGAACACCUAUGGGCUCUCCUUACCGAGACAAGAUCACUAUAGCGAUCUUGCAGUUGCAAGAAGCAGGAAAGCUUCACAUGAUGAAAGAGAAAUGGUGGCGGGGAAAUGGUUGUCCAGAGGAGGAAAGCAAAGAGGCAAGUGCACUGGGAGUGCAAAACAUCGGGGGCAUCUUUAUCGUGCUGGCUGCAGGCUUGGUCCUCUCUGUUUUUGUGGCUGUAGGGGAAGUGCUAUACAAGUCCAAACAGAAUGCACAGAUAGAGAAGCGAUCGUUUUGUAGCGCCAUGGUGGACGAGCUAACUGUGUCUUUGAAGUGUCAGCGGCGACUCAAACAAAAACCUCAGCCUCCCACUAUUGUCAAAACUGAGGAAGUGAUAAACAUGCACACCUUCAAUGACAGAAGACUGCCAGGAAAAGAGACCAUGGCUUGAGAGUCAUCACUUCCCUGCCUCUCUCCCUUCUCAGGGAGGUGUGAGAAAGUGUGGGGCAAGAGAGAGUCUGGGGCAGGAGUCAAUUCCGCAAUGCCUUUGGGUCCACCUGGACCAAUCACAUCAGAGAUGUUUCCUGUGGAAAUCCAGAUACCUGCGCAAAAUAAAUCUGUAAACCUUUAUGGAACUGCAUAGAAAUUAUAUUGGUUUAAAGCUCUUGCUAUGCCUCACACUGUUAGGAACAUAAGAAUGAGAUUUUACUACUUGUUCUUACUGUACCAAUAUCCAGUCCAGUAGAUGUUCAACAUCUCCCUGGAUGGAGAGCCUCAGAGUUUGAAUAGUACAAUUUUAUAAUAGUUCCAUUUAUAAUAGUGACUUUGAAUGUGGAUGAAAGAUUAACUUAAGAGUUUAGGCCAAAGCUCAAAUACAGCUUUUUAGCUAAACAUACCCUAAGCUACAGUGGCCCAUAACUGAAAAACACAUCGCACCAAAAUCACACCAUCAAAACCAAGAACACAACAGCAUUACUUCAAAGCGGCAACAUGCUUGUUGCUCAUUGGACACAUUGUAUGACUAUCACAACGGGGAAAAGAAAAAUUCUUUCUUCCUAAUGACUCACCUUUAUUAAGGUAUGAUCUAAAGUUAACAGCAUUUUUAGAAUAACAUCAUAUUAAAUUUCUUGAUAAAAAUAAACAUGUAAAAGCAUCAGAAGGUGAAUUUAGGCUCAUAAUUCCUCUUAUUUUAAACUUCUGCCAGCUCUUCAUUUUUCAUAUUUGUUUUCAAACUAAUGCAAUGAUGUUCAAUAAGGAAAUAUCCUUUAUGUUAGUAGUUUAUGCUGUUGUGCUUUUGGUUUUGCUGUCAUGUUUCCAAAUUUGCUUGUUGUGAUUUCUGAUUUAUUGUUGCAUUCUUGGUUUGUUAAUGUGUUUUCCACUUACAGGGCACUGUACUAAGCUAUUUUUGAGCUAUACCUUGGGUGUCUAGUAAUCUUCAGACCUGGGAAAAGCUCAUUAAAUAAGUAGGUUUUGAGACAGUUUUGACUGACACAAAAGAUUGUAAAACAACAAAAGUUGUAUGAUAGUUGUUGUAUGAACUAAACUGACAAAUGAAGCUUAGAUUUUUGUGAUUUAGCUGUUUAUUCCGACUGACAUGAAUGGAAACACCAUAAAAUUGAGUUGAAAGAGGCCAAACAUCUGUUCAGAGGGAACUCAACAUACAACUUUUGAACUUUAUUGCUGUUAUACAUAUGCAAAUGUCUACAGGUUUGUUUUUUUUUGCGUUUGUUAACUUAAAAGAAAGCUGGAAUCAGAGUUCAAGCUAAGCAAUUGUAAAAUAUGAACUUACAACUUUUGGCCAUUAUCAUAAUCUGAUAAACCUGGAAUCAAACAGGAAAUAUACAUUCAUACACAUAAAUUCACUGAUUGAUCAUGUUUAAAAAUCAUGAUUUUAAUAUGGUUAGAGAAGUGAAAAUGUGACUCUACAGGGGCAAAAUUAAUUAAUUAUUAGGAAUGACCAUUUGUACUUGACUCACAAGUCACAGUCAAUACACAGUACACAAUAAAUGCAUGAAUCAUGUCAAUCAUGUCCCAAAUUUUUGGAGACGUUUUGCGGCCAUGAAAUUCAUAAUUACCUUAUUUUUUUUCUUAAACUGGUACAUUUGCUCAAUUUAAACAUUAGAUAUGUUUUCCAUGUUCGAUUGUGAAUAACGUCUGGGUUUAUGAGAUUUGCACAUCCUUGUAUUCUGUUUUUAUUUAUAUUUAUUUACAUUUUACACAGUGUAAAACUUUUUUGGAAUUGGGGUUAUACUACACUCAAUCACAUUACAUUUAAACACAUUGAACAAAUUUAAUAUAGCCAGGUUAGAAUAAUAGUGUUGUUACAAUUCUAAAAUUCCAUUUCCUAUACAAAAUUAAGUACCACAAUACCAUUACAGAAACUAUACCGUGCUAAGAAAAAAAAAAAGAAAAACAGGAAAAUGUAUAACA